UACUUUACUGAAAAUUCAGUCCGAAUUCGUUAACAGCCGCUAACGGUUUGCUCCCGCUGCUCCGAUCGUCCGCAGAUCCCUUUCUAUAUAAUAUAUAUACGAUCCUGCAAGCAUGUCGAAAGUGUCGCAAAGUGCUGGCAACAGCAACACCAACACUGCCAACAGCAAUGACAUCUACAACAUCGUCCUGCUGGUGGUGGACAUCGUGAUGCUGAUCGCCAAGUUCUGGAUCGCGAUCGUCGAGGCCAUCGUCGGCCUCUUCCGACCAGCUCCCCUCGAGGAGCUCAAUGGCAAGGUGGUCCUGAUCACCGGCACCGGUCACGGCAUGGGCAAGCAGAUGGCCCUGCAGUAUGCCAAGCUGGGGGCCACCGUCCUGUGCUGGGACGUCAACGAGCAGACCAACAACCAGACCGUGAAGGAGAUCCAGAAGAGCGGCGGCAAGGCCUUCGGCUAUGUGUGCAAUGUGACCAAGCGCGAGGAGCUGCUGGAGUUGGCCCAGAAGGUGCGCAAGGAGCACGGAUUCAUCCACGUGCUGGUCAACAACGCCGGCAUCAUGCCCUGCCACCCACUGCUGGAGCACACCGAGAACGAGAUCCGCCUCAUGUACGACAUCAAUGUGAUCUCCCACUUCUGGAUGAUCCAGUCCUUCCUGCCCGACAUGAUUGAGCGCAACGAGGGCAGCAUUGUGGCAUUAUCCUCCUGCGCCGGACUCUUUGGACUGGUCAACCUGGUGCCCUAUUGCGGCACCAAGUUCGCCGUUCGCGGCUACAUGACCGCCCUCGCGGAGGAGCUGCGUCAGAAGAACCCCCAGAACAAUGUCAAGCUGACCACCAUCUUUCCGUACAUGAUCGAUACGGGUCUGUGCAAGAACCCCCGCUACCGAUUCCCCAGCCUGUUCAAGCUGAUCUCGCCCGAGGUGGCCUCCGCGUCCAUCAUCGAGGCCCAGCGCCAGGGAUUGGAGGAGGCAUCGGUGCCACGGCACUUUGUGGCCGUGGAGAAGAUCGGUCGCCUGAUUCCCCGCAAGGCAAUGCGCCUGGUGAACGAUUUCCUCGACACGGGAGUGGAUACGGAUAAGCACUAAAAGGUGGACAGCCUGCUUUCCUAUCCCUUUUCACCCCCAGUAGGUCAUAGAGCUUUAUUGUUUUUAAACAUUUUUUUUUUGUUAACUAUUAUCUCCUUUUAAUUGCUGUGUGGAGAAGUGCAACUAAUUGCUAUGUGAAAAGUGAAUUUAGCAAGCUCAAUUUAGCUGUUAGAAAGGUUGUUACUUAAUUAAAGGCGAACGUUGUCGGGCUAAUUGUGUUGGUCGUAAUAAAGGUCUCCAAAGAGUACUCCAUAAA